GAGGGCCAAUUAAAGAAGACUGCAAACGUCGAAGAUUGGCAGACGCCGGACCGUGCGUUAUCUACGUUUGAUGUGUGUUGAUAAGGCGUCUUCAUUCAAAAAUUCACAAUUGAGAUGCUUGAAUGAAGCUAAGGACGAUCAUAAAGGAAAAAAAUGGAAACGGAUCGAAUCACAAAAGUCAUGCGUUCCAUUAGUUCUCCUCCAGUAAUACCACUAGCAUCUUCUCAUCAGUUAACAGAAAAUACAAAAUUUCUGACUUCCAUGACUAAAUCAGAAGAGAUGGAGAGUGUUUCUUCUCCACAACAAACAAAAGAAAAUAGACAUACUCGUCAUACUAGUCUUCUUCUUCCCCGUAGUCCUUAUGCUAAUUUUCAUUUUACCAGGGAGAAUUUCUGUUUUCCUCUAUCUCCAGUAAUACCACUAGCAUCUUCUCAUCAGUUAACAGAAAAUACAAAAUUUCUGACUUCCAUGACUAAAUCAGAAGAGAUGGAGAGUGUUUCUUCUCCACAACAAACAAAAGAAAAUAGACAUACUCGUCAUACUAGUCUUCUUCUUCCCCGUAGUCCUUAUGCUAAUUUUCAUUUUACCAGGGAGAAUUUCUGUUUUCCUCUAUCUCCAGGCACAGAGGAUGAUCAUGAACAGCCAAUGACACCUCAUCUCUCAGAACCUUCCAGUAGCCCAUCAACAUCACCCAAGGGUGAAAUUAAAUCAACAGACUCAGCUAAUAAAUUAGCAAAGAGAGAAUCUUAUAAGGCACAAAGGAAAAAUUACAGACGAGAGAAAAAGCGUGUUGCUCGAGAGCUUUUGAGUACACUUAAAGAUCCUUCUAUUAUCAUUUUAGCUGAUUGGCUCAAAGUUCGUGGUACUCUUAAAGGAUGGACAAAAUUGUGGUGUGUCCUAAAGCCAGGCUUAUUAUUGUUAUACAAAAGUCCUAAAACACACAAGAGUAGUCAAUGGGUUGGUACUGUUUUAUUAAAUGCGUGUGAACUUAUUGAACGUCCUUCCAAGAAAGAUGGGUUUUGUUUUAAACUAUUUCAUCCUCUCGAACAAUCAAUAUGGGCCUCAAAAGGUCCACAAGGUGAAGCAAUCGGUGCUCUUGUGCAGCCUCUUCCUAUGACACAUUUAAUAUUUCGUGCACCAUCUGAAGCUGCUGGAAAAUGCUGGAUGGAUGGAUUAGAACUGGCUUUAAGGUGUCCAUCUCUAUUAAUUCGCAGCAUGAGUGGAUCUGAAGGAAAAUCUUUGCCACAUGAAAUAUCGCAAGAUAUUCCAUUUAGGCAACAGUCAAGUCAAUGGAAUGAAAGUGAUAUUGAAAAACAUUUUAAUGACCAAGGAUGUCUCAACUCAAGUUCUGCAUGUUCUUGUCAGUGUCCUAAUCCUUUUUGUCAGUUGCAUAUCUAUAGAAGAUAUUCUUGUCCUCAUCCACCUAAAUCAGUUGAAACCACAAAUUCAUGUUUGUCCUCAAAACACUGUCCUGCCGUAAUUAUUUCCACACCAGAAGAGAAUCGGAGAUUAAGUCUCGAUUCCCUAAAAAAUACCUACGAAAGUUCCAAAACUUCGAGUCCUUGUCCGGCACGACAUUAUUUACAUAAAACAAAUAAUAAAAAAACACUUAGUAAUCCAGAACUUACUGAAUCUGAAAAGCAUAAUAAUGCUUCUCAAGCUGAACUAGUUUUUAAAGUUUUAAGUAGUGCUUCUGCUUCCCUAUCUCCUGUCCUAAGUCCUGCCUCCUCAUCCUCCUUUCAUUCAGAUUUUGAAGAAGACAUUCACACCGAUGAUAACAGAGAAAUUGAUCCGGAGGGAAGACACAGUUACCAUUCAACAGAUUCAGACUCUGAUCCUCAUCCUGAUGAUUCUGAUCCUCGUCAAGAAGAUGAAGAAGAAAUUGAGCCUGUUGAAACACCGUAUGUUGAAAAUGGAGAAGAGGAAUUUGGUCUGGUGAGGCCAGGAAUGGAUUUAUCCAAAGUUGUUCUACCAACAUUUAUUUUGGAACCAAGAUCAUUUUUGGAUAAACUUUCAGAUUACUACUAUCAUUCUGAUAUUAUUUCCAGGGCAGUCUUAGAAGACGAUCCCUUUACAAGAAUGAAAACAGUAGUACAAUGGUAUUUGUCGGGUUUUUAUAAAAAGCCCAAAGGUUUAAAGAAACCUUAUAAUCCUAUUUUAGGAGAAACGUUUAGAUGUUACUGGAAACAUCCUAACACGGGAAGCAGGACAUUUUAUAUAGCUGAACAGGUACAGAUAAUCUUUCUUCAUUUCAUUACUAAAAGUAACAUAUUUAGCUUUUCUUAUUUAUUUUAUGAAGGAUGUCUCAACUCAAGUUCUGCAUGUUCUUGUCAGUGUCCUAAUCCUUUUUGUCAGUUGCAUAUCUAUAGAAGAUAUUCUUGUCCUCAUCCACCUAAAUCAGUUGAAACCACAAAUUCAUGUUUGUCCUCAAAACACUGUCCUGCCGUAAUUAUUUCCACACCAGAAGAGAAUCGGAGAUUAAGUCUCGAUUCCCUAAAAAAUACCUACGAAAGUUCCAAAACUUCGAGUCCUUGUCCGGCACGACAUUAUUUACAUAAAACAAAUAAUAAAAAAACACUUAGUAAUCCAGAACUUACUGAAUCUGAAAAGCAUAAUAAUGCUUCUCAAGCUGAACUAGUUUUUAAAGUUUUAAGUAGUGCUUCUGCUUCCCUAUCUCCUGUCCUAAGUCCUGCCUCCUCAUCCUCCUUUCAUUCAGAUUUUGAAGAAGACAUUCACACCGAUGAUAACAGAGAAAUUGAUCCGGAGGGAAGACACAGUUACCAUUCAACAGAUUCAGACUCUGAUCCUCAUCCUGAUGAUUCUGAUCCUCGUCAAGAAGAUGAAGAAGAAAUUGAGCCUGUUGAAACACCGUAUGUUGAAAAUGGAGAAGAGGAAUUUGGUCUGGCUGGUGAUGCUGGACAAACAGAAGAAGUAGCAGAUGAAAAUAAAAGUCUUAUUUGGAGUCUUGUAAAACAGGUGAGGCCAGGAAUGGAUUUAUCCAAAGUUGUUCUACCAACAUUUAUUUUGGAACCAAGAUCAUUUUUGGAUAAACUUUCAGAUUACUACUAUCAUUCUGAUAUUAUUUCCAGGGCAGUCUUAGAAGACGAUCCCUUUACAAGAAUGAAAACAGUAGUACAAUGGUAUUUGUCGGGUUUUUAUAAAAAGCCCAAAGGUUUAAAGAAACCUUAUAAUCCUAUUUUAGGAGAAACGUUUAGAUGUUACUGGAAACAUCCUAACACGGGAAGCAGGACAUUUUAUAUAGCUGAACAGGUUUCACAUCAUCCUCCUGUUUCAGCAUUUUAUGUGACUAAUCGUCAAGACGGUUUCUGUAUUUGCGGUAGUAUCCUUGCAAAAUCAAAAUUUUAUGGAAAUUCGUUAUCGGCAAUAUUAGAUGGGACAGCGAGGUUAUCGUUGUUAACUAGAGGCGAAGAUUAUACACUCACAAUGCCUUAUGCUCAUUGUAAAGGAAUUCUCAUGGGAACUUUAACAAUGGAACUUGGAGGAAAAGUUAAUAUCUGUUGCGAGAAAACCGGGUAUAGUACCGAACUUGAAUUUAAAUUAAGGGUAAGUGUUGUUAUGCAUUAUGAUCAUAAUGAAGAAAGACUUCUUUGGAAUCCAAAUUCUGAAAUAAGAGCUUCGAGAUUAAAAAGAUACACAGUGCCUGUUGUUUAUCAAGAAGAAUUUGAAUCUGAAAGAUUAUGGCAGCACGUAUCUGCAGCUAUUUUACGUGGCGAUCAAGUAGCAGCUACUGAAGAAAAAACAAUUUUGGAAGAAGCACAGAGGAAAGCCGCCAAAGAAAGGCAAAUAAAAUUAGAAAAAUGGACACCUAAAUUAUUCCUUUUAGAUUUACUUAUUGGUGGUUGGAUAUAUAAACAUGCUGAUACUCGACCUUGGGAUCCAAGGAAUGAUGUGCUACAGUAUGAAUAUAAUUAUAUUAUACAAACAAAAACACGUCACAGAACGCCAGUAGUCCGAACUAGUAGUAUAGUUAGCGGUGGAGAAGAAUUAUCGUCAAAGAAAGAUCUUUUGCACAUGUCGGUCGAACACGUUAUUACUUCUAGACCGUCAAACUGUUUUCUGCAGGAAAACAGUGUUAUUCAUAGACCAAGUGUUUUAUCUCAUGGUAGUGAAAGUUCUUCACCAGAUGUUGAAGUUAUUCAGAAUAGUGAUUCUACAGAAAGUAAUGGUUCCGUGUCUCAUCACAGGUCCGGAAAGCCCUCGACAAUAACUGUUUCCUUAAAACAAUGCUUGGAACCACUAUUAAAAAUACAAGAAGAAACAAAUCAGACUUUACAAAGUAUCAACAAUCACUUGGAGUCUGUUAUGGCCCAACAACACAGAAUUCAGGAACAACUUGCACAGCGAAAUGAUAUCAGUAUUAUCAUUAUUUUUAUGGCUAUACAGCUUUUAUUCCAUUGGCUGUUAAAUAUACAAAAACUCUAUGAACCUGAUUGCUUUUUGAUUUCAGAAUCAAUGUUUAGUUCUUUGGAUAAAAGACACGCAUUAAUUUCUCUUUUCUUAACAGGUUCCGUGUCUCAUCACAGGUCCGGAAAGCCCUCGACAAUAACUGUUUCCUUAAAACAAUGCUUGGAACCACUAUUAAAAAUACAAGAAGAAACAAAUCAGACUUUACAAAGUAUCAACAAUCACUUGGAGUCUGUUAUGGCCCAACAACACAGAAUUCAGGAACAACUUGCACAGCGAAAUGAUAUCAGUAUUAUCAUUAUUUUUAUGGCUAUACAGCUUUUAUUCCAUUGGCUGUUGUGAAUCAUGUACAGUGCCUGACAGAUACUUGUUUUUUAUAUAUGCACUAUAUUAAACUGCCAAUUCCAUGACAAAAACGUGACAUUUUCAAAAAUAUAAAGAUUAAAAAAAUUUGUUAAUGCUAGACAAACCAAUUUUGGAUAACUUUUUGGCCAUCAGUUUAAGCAUAUCCAGUCUUUUAAUAAGAUAGAUUUAUAUUUGAAUUAAGAAUGCAACUGUUAUUACUUCUUAUAGCAUACAUUUAUGCUAUAUUUACAUUUCUCAUCUAGCAUUUGCCAAACGAAUAAGAAGCAAAUGUAUGUAAGGAAAAUAUCCGCCUAUCGAAUACUGCUUAGACCGGCUCAGAAAUGAUGCGCCGAAAUUAAACGAGAAACCAAAGUUAUUUGUUAUUUGAUAUACAAUAGUGUAAAUAAUAUUAUGUGUUAAAAAUAUGUACAUAACAGAGGAAUAUAUACUAUAUGUUAGAUUUUACAAUGUUAUGUUAAAUUGUUUAGAAAUAUAAUAUAAACUAUAAAAUAUCCUAUUUUGUUUAGAAAGAAUUCUUGAGAUCUAUAAAUAUGCAUGUUGAGAUAACUGCACUUCAUUAUUUUAAAAUUAUUUUGAAUUGAAAAGUUAUAUCUAAUUAUUUAUGAAGUUUUUUGGGGGUCACAAAUUAAACGAUUACCUUACAAAAGAAAAUUAAAAAUGGAUUCAGAUCAUCAGCUAAAGUUAUUAUAAAUGCAAUAUUUAUAUUAAAAAAAUACAACUUUAUGCAUUUCAAAUAUUAAAACAGCUGAAACAAGAAUGAAAAGUUUAAACUAUUUUAUUAAAUAAUAACAAUAAUAAAUCAAAAUUUUGGUUGCUAUUUUUAUUAUAUUUUAUUUUAUUUUCACUUUUUUCUUAUGUUUAAUUGUUAAAAAGGGACACAAUAAAGUCUGUGGGACCAUACCAUUGUUUUCUGUAAUGUAUAUAUUUUGUUUACGGUAGAGUAUUCUUUAAUCCAAAAAUAAUUUGAAAAGUUUGUAAAUAACAUAAUAUAAUGAUACAAUUUACUUUUUAAAUCAAUUCAUUA